UUUCCCGCGCGGACACCCCCGUGCGAGCGAGCGAGCGAUCGGCCGGUCGAUCGGUCGGUCGCGGUGAGAUCGAUUCACCGACAGCCGGAGGAACGAGAUCGCGAAUCACCCGUCGAGGCUCGAGAACGGCCAGAGAAUUUCCCCGAUUUUUCUGAGAAAAGGAAAGAAAGGGAGGGAAACGAGAGGGAGGUAAAUCGGCAGCGGAGAAGUUGAGCCACGCGCUCAGUGGGGUUGUUCGUGGACUCGUGGCACUCGUCGGCCUCGCGGGGGGUGCCGACGACGAAUGAGAUCGUGAGAGCCGACGGAGGCGCGUUAUGGCGAAUCACCAUCCGGCGUACGACUUCGAGGACCGAGGCCAGAGGAUCCGCCAUCGGGUCGGCACCGCGUCGAGACCCGCGGACUCCACCGUGGCUUGCAGCAGUACACAGUAUUAUGUGGGGCCCAGCAGCGACAUCAGCGAAGAAGAUCUGGCGGAAUUGCCGUCAUGCGUUUACGCAGGCAGGUCGACGCAACAUGUCACGCACACCUCGCCGCACACGCAUUCUCCUUUGCAUUACCACAUGCCGGUCUCAACACCAGAUCAUAACGACACGGAGAUAAACGGUGUGGAGGAGGGUUAUUAUCCAAACGGUAGCCCUUACAGAAUCCAACGACACGCCGCCAACAUUCGCGAGAGGAAACGCAUGCUCAGCAGCAUCAACUCGGCUUUCGACGAGCUCCGGGUGCAUGUGCCGACGUUCCCUUACGAGAAAAGACUGUCGAAGAUCGACACCCUGCGCCUGGCCAUCGCGUACAUCGCGCUACUGCGCGAGGUCCUGGCAGCCAGACUCGACCCUUUGACGUACGUCGAGAGGUGCCUUAGGGGUGAAAUAAACGGCGAACGCGCCGAAUGGAAUACAAGCGAUCUGACGGCACGAUUAUCCUGGAUAAACUGGGAGAACCUGGGGGUGAAUCCGAAUCGGCGAUCGGUGCUGACCACUCUCGCACUGACAACCGACAAUAUGAAUUGAGCGCGACGAGCCACUCGGCGAUUCCUCUUUUCUUUGUAAAUACCUUCAUGCCGGAAGAGAAAGGAAGAUAUGGCGAAAUCGAACGAGAAAGAGAGAAGGGAGAAAGGGAGGAGAGCAAGGAGUGCUGAGAGAGGACUUAUUCGCAAUUUUGGUUUCAGUUCACGUGCAAUACGAGCGACAGAGCAUUGUAUUCGGUAUCUACGUGUACGUGUAAAAGGACACU